CUUGGAACAAUUCACCGACCGUCAUAACAUCACCACAUAUGUGCUGUGCCUCUCUCUCUCACACACACAUCAAGAUACAAAUACAAAUAUCCGAUAGAUGUGCUUAUUUUCUGUCUCUCUUGCCUGAGCUUCAUAAUUUUGUUCUUUUUCUAGGCCUUUCUUGCUUUGUCUUUCGCUGGAUUAUCCAUCAUUUUCAGGCCUUUUUUUUUUCUCAAGAAUUAGUCAAAAAGAGAGAUCUUUAUUAGUCAGAGAAAAUUACGCCAUUUUUAUGAGUUCCCGUCAGCUUUUCCUUUGCAGCUGGUAACCCCUUUUUACUCGCGUCUGAUCUGAGGUAGUUUGUGCUUGGGGAAAUUUUGGAGCUUGUAAUUAUGGCAUCACCCCUUAUGAAGUCCAAUAGAAUGAAGAGGACUGAAUCAAAGAAGUCUCACUCAUGGUGGUGGGAUAGCCACAUUAGUCCCAAGAAUUCUAAGUGGCUACAAGAGAACCUUGAAGAAAUGGAUGAGCUCGUGAAGAGGAUGCUAAAGCUCAUAGAAGAGGACGCUGACUCAUUCGCGAAAAAGGCCGAGCUUUACUUCAAAAAACGUCCCGAGCUCAUAGCCCUCGUCGAGGACUUCUACCGAAUGUACCGCUCGCUCGCCGAGCGCUACGACAAUGUCACGGGCGAGCUGCGGCGUAACAUUCCCUCCGACCUCCAUUCCCAGGGCUCGACAGCAUCUGAUGUCACAGUCGAGCCAUCCCCCGACCGCCGGCCCGCCCGCACCAAAUCGGGCCCACGGGCCGCCGGUUUCGAUGUCUUCCUCGGCAGUGACCGGAGCAGCAAGGAGGGCGAUGAAGAGUCGUCGACUCUCGACUCCGAGUCGGAAUCCGAUGAUGACUCAUCCUCCACCAAUAACUACGCUGAGCAGCCUGAGGGUGAGCUGCAGGGGAAACUUCCUCGGCUGCAGAAGGAAGAGAGUUAUGGGAGUUCUGAUUUUUCUUCCAAGUUACAGGCUUACGAGGAUGAGCUGAGGCGUUCGAGGGAGAAUAUCCGGAAAUCGGAGGAGGAAGUCGCGCGGCUGAUGGCUGAGCUUGAGAAAUAUAAAUCUCUCGAGAAAAGCUCGGAAUUCGUGCAAGAAUCGGAGCGAAACGAUGAUGUCUUUGAGGUUCGAGAAGGUUCAAAUGUUCCGGAAUCGGGAGAGGGAAAGUUCCGUGAGCUUGAAGAGGAAGUGGCGAACUUGAGAAAAGAACUCACGAGCAAGGGCUUAGCCCUGCAGAGCUUGCAGGAGCAGCUGAAAACGGUCCAAAAGGAAAUUCCCGUCUGGAAAAACAAGGUCGAGAGGGAAAAACGCGAGGUUACGAAGCUUCAGGACAGGAUGACGAGGUACAAGAAUAACCUGUCUGAACGAGAUCAGGAAAUCAGGGGGCUUCAGGAGGCGAUAUCGAACGCAAACAAGACACUGUCUGAAGAAAACGAGCGGCUCAAAUCUGAAAUAACUAAAAUCACUAAAGAACGGGCCUAUCUCGAGGAUAAUCUGAAGGAGUUCGAUCUACGGUGCCAGUUGUUGGAGGAGGACGUGAGACGGGCCAAGGCUGCGACAACCGAGACAGAGGCCGUUUUUGGAAUUCAGAUCGAACGGUUGAAGGCUGAGAUUGCCGAGCGAGACGAGCUCCUUGAAGAAUUAGAAUCGAAAUACGAGAAGCUAAUGGAUGUGAAACACGAGCUGGAUGAGCGGGUUGGUGAGAUGAGGGAGCACCUGGAUCAUCUGCACUCGCAGCAUGCUGAGCUGAUUGGGGACGCUGACGUGGCGCGUAGGUCGGCUGAGGAGUUGCGGUUGAAGGUCGAGGAGCUCGAGAGGGAGGUCGGGAGAAAGGAAGAAGCUUUAGUUGAAGGGGCUGAGGGAAAACGGGAGGCCAUCAGGCAGCUCUGCUUCUCGCUCGAGCAUUACCGCAUGGAGUAUUGUGAGCUUCGGGAGGCUGUCAUGGCGCACAAGAGAUCGGUUAUGGCAGCCUGAGUUUUUCUAUCCAUGUCUUUUCAGGUCUGGGGUUUCUUGAUCUUCUNUGGAGAUAAUAAAAGAGGUAGUUGGCCUACUUGAUAAGACACUUUCAACUUUCAAGUGGUUUAUUUUUCUCAACUGUGAGGUUACAUAUGUUUGAAGGGAGGAACAUUGAGAUGUUAUAGUAAUUGCCAUUGUUUUUUAACGACAGUAGUCUUUGAUAGUUCUGAAUUUAAAAUUUCAGUGUUUG